CUUGCCCAGAGCUCGCUCACGUCAUUCGUAAUUGCAGCUUGAUCGAAGGCAGUGGCUCGUGCUGACGAAAGUCCGGAGAAAUUAAGCAUACAAUUGCAACUUUCCUCCAUUUACAUUCCCACUUAUUCUAAAAGAAUAGCCGAAUAGCUUUAAAACUUUCGCAAUGGCUGAUGAUAGUUUGCUAAACGACUCCAACCUGGCUACGCUGGGCAGCAACGACGAUGAAGCAGAGCUCCUGAUAGAGGACGACUACCUUAAAGGUUCGGAAAUGCAAAUCGAUCCCGAACUGGAAGCCAUCAAGGCACGCGUAAAGGAGAUGGAAGAGGAGGCAGAAAAAUUGAAACAGUUGCAGUCAGAAGUCACGAAACAGAUGACCUUGGGUUCGCCGACCGGUUCGACGCCCAUGCUGACGGCGGAAGAGAAAGCCGAAGUGGACAACCGUUCCAUCUAUGUGGGAAACGUCGAUUACGGUGCCACCGCCGAAGAGCUGGAAGCACACUUCCACGGAUGCGGAGCGAUCAAUCGGGUGACGAUCCUGUGCAACAAAGCGGACGGCCACCCGAAAGGCUUUGCGUACAUUGAGUUUGGAUCGAAGGAGUUUGUGGAGACCGCGCUCGCUAUGAAUGAAACUCUGUUCCGGGGCCGACAGAUCAAGGUGAACCCUAAGCGUACCAACCGGCCGGGAAUGUGCCAAACCAACCGGUUCCCUCGAGGAGUGCGCGGUCGUGCGGCCCGAGCUUCGAGAGCCUGCUGUUAUGGAGCGCACCGUGGCACCCGGAGGCCUAUCCGAGGCUACCGAGGACGUGCCACUUAUUACGCACCUUACUAAUUGGUGAUAUUUCCCGAAUCUAGAAGAGUAAACCGUACCUAGCUAUUAGGAUCGUUAGCUAAACUUAGGGAUAAAAAAAUAUAUAUGAUAUUUUUCAAAAAACAUUAUUUGCCCUCAUCACACCUUGAAACUAGCGCAUGCACAUAAAUGCAGCCGUAAAACAAAAGCAUGGCUGUUACCUUGGCAAACGCGCAAAAGAUGAAAACACAUAUUCUCAAUACACCCCGCGAUCGCAGAAAAUAAUGUUUUUUGAAGCAAUCUACAAAGCGCAUGGUGUGGAAAAAAGUCCCAAAACACAAAAUCAAACACCAUGGCUAAAAAUAAUAAGGACAAAAGAGAAGACUCCGAGUGAAAAAAGAAGAAAAAACAAACAAACAAUUGGAGGAAAAAACAAGUCCUUAUCAAAAAAGAUGAAUCAAAAAGAGAUGCCAUCAGCCGAAAAAAAAAACGAUCAUGAACAAAAAAAGAGACAAACAAAACAAUAUAACGCCUGCAAAAACAGAUGAAAAUGAAAAGAACCGGCGCGCCAUGAAGGAAAAGAGAUCAUAAAACACAUACCGAAAAAUAAUAAGAUAUACAUAUAUACAGCCCUGGAAUAUGUCAAGCCGAGAAAAGAUACAAAGAAGAGCAAUAUAUACAAGACGAAACUACCUAAAAGAGGCGCCUACAAAUAAUGAACUGAAGAAGAUGAUGAAGAAAAAGAAGUGAAAUAAAAAAAAUGCAUAAUACAUCA